UAAGAUUCAAACAGUAGUGGCAAGACAAUCUCGCGCAGCGGUCGGCUCGCGCAAGCGCGACGCGUUCCACUCUCAUGUCCAACAUGAAUGCAAGAACUAUUUUAAUAUUGUUAUUUACUAUAUGUAAACAUGCUGAUGCCCAGAAACCGGCAAUCCCGGCGCCGGCGCCGGUGGAAUGCCCAUCGCUGGAAAACGGCGACAGUUACACACAGUCAGAGUUCCUGUCGCGGCUGGCACACGAGUGCCGCUACGACCGCCUGCUGCUGCCCACAUACCAGACGCCUACCGACGUCGUGUACGUGCACGCCAGCGCCUACGUCUACUUCAUCCAGCCCGCUGAGGCGCAUGAUUUGAACUUCAAAUUGCAUUUCCUCCUGCAACUAAGAUGGACCGAUGCUCGGCUUGCCUACGCCCUUUACUCACCUGAGCGCACCAGAAUCAUCGGCGAAAACGAUCUACGGCAGCGUAUAUGGGUCCCCCACCUGUACAUGUCCAACGAGCAGUCCUCCAGCCUCAUGGGGACGGACAGCAAGGAUGUGCUCAUCUCCAUAGCACCUGAUGGGGAGGUCCUGUUCAGCAGACGCAUGCAAGCCGUACUCUAUUGCUGGAUGAACCUGCAGAAGUUCCCGUUUGACGACCAAACUUGUUCGAUGAAUCUCGAAAGCUGGAAAUACAACGCAUCUAGUUUGCGCAUCAUGUGGGAAAGAGACAACCCCGUGCACCUCUCGUCUGAACUGCAUCUCACGGAGUACUCGCUCAUUGACUACUGGACCAAUGAAUCGGUCGUUCGAGGCGAUAUUGUAAAUAUGCGGCUGGGGGGAGGUAGAUCCGGGAACUACAGUGCCCUGAAGUUCACGUUUAAACUGGGUCGAGAAGUGGGCUACUACCUCAUGGAUUACUUCAUCCCCUCCAUGAUGAUCGUCGCCAUGUCUUGGGUCACCUUCUGGUUGCAGGCUGACGCAUCGGCUCCUAGGAUAACAUUAGGCACAAGCACGAUGUUGUCGUUCAUUACGCUGGCCUCGUCCCAGGCCAAAACGCUGCCAAAGGUGUCCUACAUCAAGGCUAGUGAAAUUUGGUUCCUCGGCUGCAUCGGUUUCAUCUUCUCGGCUCUAGUGGAGUUUGCAUUUGUCAACACUAUUUGGCGAAGAAAGAAAGUAGUUAACUUGAAGAAAGUGAACAGUAAAUACAUUCUGAAGAGCACGCUAACGCCCCGGCUGGCUCGGAAAGAGCUGCAGAAAGAGCUGCAGGAGUCCUCGCCGCAGCUCACCAAGUCGCGCUCCUGCUCCUCGCUGCAGCGGGAGACCAGCGCCGACCCCGCGGGCCCUGGCUUCAAUAACUACCUCACUGUACAUAGUUUCCCCUCCGCCCUGAACUUGCCAACGAUCACAACGCAGAGCUACGACGAGCUGACGGGCGGCGCGCCGCCCAGCGACGGCUCCGACGAGCCCAAACACACCUGGACCACCAUGACCCCGCAGGAGAUCGCCACGUGGAUCGACAAGCGGUCGCGGGUCCUCUUCCCCUUGCUCUUCUUGGCCUUCAAUAUUCUUUAUUGGACGUUCGUGUAUUGCCUUUAAAUUAGGAAAAGCUGGAGGUUGGAGGAACUGCCCUGUUAUCGGCACAACCGAUUUUCGCGUUUACUGAUUUAAUACUUGCUUGUGAGUGUCACACGAUGGUGACAAACUGUUUUUAAUAGAUAAGAAACGGGUUGCAACUCGAAUAUGGACACGACAAAAUAUCAACCGAGCUAUCUCGCGAUAGUUCUACAUCUAGUCUUGACACAGGGCAGAAAAAUGAAAAGUACCCCAAUACAUCCGAUUUCUGAAUGCAGGAAUAGCACGGGUACCGUUUAUCGUUUAAUAGGUAAUUAACGUAAAUCGAAAUCAGUGUUUUCGGGAAGAACAUUUUGUGUAAUGAUAUCGUGAUAUGAAUGAACGUCAUUUGUAUUAAUGAAGGCAUCAGUAAGCGUAAAUCCGAAUCAAUAAGCCUAAAAUGUAGACAAGAACAUUUUACCCAACACGCAGAGUUUUAUAUAUGUGCCUACUGGUUCCUAAGUUGUGAAGUCUAUAAAAUAAAGAAAGUCGUGAGAUAAAAGUCUUACCUACUUGUAACGGUUGUAUGGGCUUAGGACUCUGUUAUUAAAGUUGCAACUUUUUAUAUUCUCUGCUGUUAGAUUGUUUACUAUAAAACUAUAAAAAAAUAAGAUACUACAAGAAAAAUUGUAUCGAAGGACUUAAAUGAUAAUGUUAUGGCCAUAUAAUUUAUACCCAAAGAUUUGUUGUUCCUUAUGUUUCACAAAUUUAGAACCCUUGCCCAGUAGAUUAGGUUAAUUAAUUUAGUUAUAUUUAAAAAACAUACCUAACACGUACUUGUGGUAGUUGUGGUUAUAUUAUAUCGCGGAAACGGUAACAUUUUAAACGUUCUCGCUUUAACCUACCUACUAUUGAAAAAUAUAGGACGAUUUUACACAGACCAAUAAAAGAUGUCAUUAUAAUGUUAUUAUCAAAAUUUGUGAAGUUGUUAAAAAGUUACCCCGUGUAUAUCUUACUAAACCAUUUUUUUUAUUAUAUUUAAAAGAAUUAAGUAAGUAUUUAUAAAAAUGUUAGAUGUAUUAAAGUACAAGAGAAGCAUAGUUUAUGUAUGGGGUAAGAGAAACACACUUCUGCACUAGCAGAAGGAUUCUAAAUAAUUGUCACUGAGUUAAUAUUUUAAUUUUAAUCAAUCUUCAUAGAAUUCAUUCCAAUAUCGUUAUAUACGACAAGUAAAGCAGACGAUAAAAAUAAAAACGCAUUUUAACAGAAAUGACUAGUUUAGACCAUUUACCUGUCUGUAUUUGUAACUGUCAGUGUCUAUUUACCUACACGAUUAUAUUUGGAGCGUUUCUUUUUCCCCUGACAUUAAAUAUUUUACUACGGUUAUUUAUUAUUAAUAUAUGUUUAUAUUCUAAGUCCGAUUUAUACGUAUUAUGAUUGAGAUUAUUGUUUACCCAGUCAAUGACAUAGGCGUAAGUAGUUGGUAAUAUUGUGAUCUUUAGAUAGUCAUUUAUAGCAAUUAUAUUUUGUCAUUUGUAAUAUAGUUAACGUAAGCUAUUUUAAUAAAAUUAAUUAUUAAUAUA